AUGACUGCAGAUACAAGUGUCGCAAGCUUGUCCGAUCCGACCAACAAAAAAGUUUCGUACUCCACGAGGAUCAAAUAUCUUAACGAAAUUGCCAAGCCUCUGGCCACUAAGGCGCUUACCAAAAAGAUUUAUAAACUCGUUAAGAAAGCACAUAAAGAAAAGACUUAUUUAAGAGUUGGUUUGAAAGAAGUGCAACGAAGAGUCCGAAGAGAAGAAACAGGGUUAGUAAUUUUUGCUGGUGAUGUUUCACCAAUUGAUAUCAUGAGUCAUAUGCCUGGUGUAUGCGAGACAAAAAAUCUUCCUUACUGUUAUGUGCCUUCACGUGACGACUUGGGUUCAUCAAUGGGUGUUAAGCGAUCUGCAGUCAUGGUACUUAUCAGAAAACAUGAAAGUUAUGCAGAUUUAUAUGAUGAAUGCCAGAGCGAGAUCAAAGCUCUGCCCUAUGAUUUUUAG